AGCUUUGGACCAGUCUCUGCUCUAACAGAACAUGAAUCCAUCUAGUGGAUAUGGUUUAAAAAUGCCAACUAGUUUAUGUUCUAAUGUUUACAUAUCAGGACAUUAUAAAAGUUCUAAAAGGUUUUAAAUCAAACCUCACACCAUGUUCCUCAAUGUCAUUAUUUAUUAAACACAAAAACUAAGUACACCCCUCUGCAGGACUUCUGCAGGACAUUAACAGAGUCAACACUUUCAAAUAAAACUUGCUGAAAAGAAAUUCAGAAACCAGUUUUAAAAUGAAGGCGUUUUCUUUGGGUUCGUGUUCAGAUGAAGAACAAAGAAGCAGGAAAGAAAGAAGUGAUAAAGUCUCUGCACUUGACUCCUCCUAAGACUCUGGAAAUUUAGCAAGCUGCAGCUGCAGAGUCAGGAAAUCCUAAACAAUCAACAGAUACAGCCACUGCAUGACCCAACAAUGUUCCAGCAACAGUAAUUCUCACUAGUGGUUUUCUACUCAUUUGUCUCUCAAAUCACUGUGGAGGAAUCCUCCUCUUCCAGCGUUGCUUCAGGUUUUCCUCUCUGGAGAAGGAUGGACUUCAGAUAAUCUGGGUUAGGGUUAAUAAUAACCCUAAAAAUGGCCUAAUAACCCUUCCCUGAAUGAUAACACACAGGUUUAUGCUCAGUCUUGGAUUUGAUCAGCAGCACCUGCUGGUAUGUUUACAUUCUGUUGAGUUUAUGCAGAACUUGAAAUUUUUUAUUUAUUUUGUCUGAUAAAUAAUGACUGAGGUAUCUUCCUUCUCUUUUUGGAAACCUGAGGUCAGAUUAUAAUCCGUUUUUACGAAUUUUUUAUCUCAUCCUGAUUGUUAAACUGUAGACCCGAGAGAGGGUGUACUUUCUUUUCAAUGUGAUUCUGUGUGAUUUCUAAAGAAGGAGCAUGAACAGACACCCGUUAAAGGUCAAUUUACUACAAAUUAGUGAAAUCUAGUGACACAAACUGCAACCAAAUUAGUCCUCUAUAGCAGAGGUUUGCAACCUGUGGCUCCCGAGCUGCAUGUGGCUCUUCAGACCCUCCGCUUUGCCCCAAAAUCCUAAAGAAUUGAGUAAUAUUUUAAAAUGUAAAGGUUGUUCCUACUCGUUUAACAUUUCGACAAAGAAUGCCAAUAAUAGUUUAAGUGAAUAUAAUUUUUUAUGAAGUAAUAGGUUACAAACUACGUGUUUUAUGUCAUUUUCUAUGAAAACUGAAGGUUCCUUUGAAGAAAAUGUGUUCAACCUAAAAACAAAAAUAAAACGGUUCUUUAUUUUCAAAAUGUAAACACAUUUCUCAUUGUAUGUACUAUAAAAACAAGCUAAUUUGUUUUGCAGAGUCAUGCUGUGUUUGUGACUGUUGUGACCAUCUCAAGAGGUCCUACAUGGCCAAAACACUGUGAAAUCCCCUGGAAAGACCAUCUUCUACCUUUUAGGUCUAUGUGGUAUGCAGAGCAAUACCAAAGACUAAAACUUACAUUUCUUACUAUGUCUUUGAUUUUCUUCUCCUCGUUGCCCCUGAUGGGUCGAAUUUUAGUGUAGGAGGUCCAGGGACAGCAUGUUACAUUCCUUCUAGUAUACAACACUCAUAUGAGUGUACUUUAAGCACAUCAGUGUGCACAUACUUGAUCAAACACACACACACACUGAAGCCAUAACUGGCAGUGUGUUUUAGAUGAAGGGAACGGUGGAGAUAAGGUCUGAAGUGUGGGGCUAAAUGUAGAAGUCAGAGGUGAUAAGAGGUGCUGCUGAACUGACAUUCAACCAUCGCUGCAGACGGUCAAGAACGAAGCAGUUCUGUCACAGUCGGGUUAGAGGUUUGAAGUCCAGGAAGACAAAGGGAAAGCUGGAUGAUCACUGAAUUACAGAGCUCUAAAUCACUACUUGGUAUCCUGAAGAAACAAGAGCUGAAACAUCCAGGAAGGAGGCUGAAAGUCAGGAAGCCACUGCAGGACAUGGACAGACAACCACAGAUCGAAGAGGUGACCAGAAUGGAGGCAGGAAAUGACUCGGCUGCUUCAGUGUCAGAUGGAGGGAUGGAAAAAAUUUUAACAGUGGAGGGAAAGAAAGAAGAGUUUCUCCAAGAGACGGUGGAUACGUUGGGGGGAACAGUUGUUUAUAAGACUGCAGGAAGGAUGGAUACGGAGGAGAAGGUGGAGGCUGGACAGGAGGAAGAAACGAAGAAGGAUGAAGAUGAAGCAGAGGAGGAUGAAGAAGAGGAGGAGGAGGCAAAAGCAAAGAAGUGUUUGGGACAUUGGGAGUCUGAGGCCUCCACAGAUGGAAAGCCUCCUCUGCCUGAUCCAGCUUUCAACAGGAGAUGCAGUUUGAUCCUCAGUGAUGUUAGAUAUAAGGAGGACUUUGAGAAGAUGAAGGGUCAGAGUCUCUUUGUGCCCGGAGCUGAGCUCAUCCACUCCAAGAACAUCAGCGCUGUGAUCUCUGAGUAUAAGUACAAGGAGGAAGGGAAGAAGGAGGCGUCCAUGUCUCUGUACUCUAUCCUGCCGGAAACUCCAGAGACGCAGCACGCUAAAGAAGCUUCAGAGCUGCAGAGUGAGAUAAAAUACAAAGGAAAUGUGAAGACGGAGAUUUCAUCCUCCCUUUAUUCUCUGCUACCAGAAACCACUGAGACUCAGUUUGUGAAGGAGCUGACGGAGAUGCAGAGCGAGAAUAAAUACAAGGAGGAAGGGAAGAAGGAGAUGAGCAGCAGUUUGUACUCUCAGCUUCCUGAAACCAGCGAGAUGCAGCUGGCCAGGACUGUCCAUGAGUUCCAGAGUGAGAAAAAGUACAAAGAGGAUGGGAAAAGGAAGGCCUCCAUCUCCCUGUACUCCCAGCUUCCAGACACUCCAGAAAUCCAGCAUGCCCUGGAGGUGUCCCAGCUGCAGAGUGAGGUGAAUUAUCGCACCAAGCUGCUGGGUAAAGGAGCACCUUCCUCUCUGUACUCACAGCUGCCCGACACCACAGAGAUCCAGUUUGCCAGAGAGAUGACAGAGCUGCAAAGCGAGAGUAAGUACAAGGAGGGCGGCAGGAAGAGCCUCUCUCAGAGUUUCUACUCUCAGCUGCCAGAAACUGCAGAGACCCAGUUUGCUAAAAGUGUUGCUGAGCUUCAGAGCCAGAUGCGAUACAAGGAAUCGGGGAAGAAAGCCGGGAACUCGUGUUUGUACUCUCUGCUCCCUGAAACUAUAGAGACGGCGCGUGCAAAGGAGGUUUCUGAGAUCUGCAGUGAGCUAAAGUAUAAAGAAGAAGGUAGGAAGGACAUGAGUAUCAACCUGUACUCUGUGUUGCCUGAGACCAUGGAAACCCAACAUGCUAAGGAGGCGUCCAACCUGCAAAGCGAGGUGAAAUAUAAAGAAGGUGUGAAGGAGAAGAUUCAGAGCAGUUUGUACCAUCAGCUGCCUGAGACCACAGAGACACAGCUGGCCAAACAUCUGUCAGAGCUGCAGAGUGAUGUAAAGUACAGAGAAGCAGGAAAGAAGCAGGCUAACAGCUGCCUUUAUUCUCUGCUGCCUGCAACUCUGGAAACGCAACAUGCCAAAGAGUCGGCGGAGCUGCUCAGUGAGGUAAAGUACAAGGAGAGCGGGAAAAAGGAGAUGUCCAGCAGCCUUUACUCCACGAUGCCUGAAACAUCAGAAACCAGCUUCGCCAGAGAGAUCAGCGACCUGCUGAGCGAGGUUAAAUAUAAAGAGAACGGGAUGAGGAGCAUCUCUCAGAGUCUCUACAGUCAGCUGCCAGAAACGGCUGAGAUGAAGUUUGCCAAAGAUGUCGCUGAGCUGCAGAGCGAGAUGAAAUACAAGAAGGGAAAGAAAGAAGCUUCUUGCUCGCUUUAUUCCACUCUGCCUGAGACUCUGGAAACGCUGCAUGUCAGGGAGGCUUCUGAGCUCAGCAGUGAGCGGAAAUACAAGGAGGCUGUGAAGAAAGAUCUCUCCUCUAGCCUCUUCCAUCAACUGCCAGAGACUUUAGAGACGGUCCACGCUAAGGAAGUCUCUGAGCUGCUUAGCGAGGUGAAGUAUAAAGAAGAUUGUAAGAAGGAGAUGAACAUCAGCUUGUACUCUGUGCUACCUGAGACCUUCGACACUCAGCACGCUAAAGAGGUGUCAGACCUGCAGAGUGAGGUGAAAUAUAAAGAAGGUGUGAAGGAGAAGAUUCAGAGCAGUUUGUACCAUCAGCUGCCUGAGACCACAGAGACACAGCUGGCCAAACAUCUGUCAGAGCUGCAGAGUGAUACUAAAUACAAGGAAGCUGGUAAGAAGGAGAUGAGGACCAACCUUUACUCCCAGCUCCCCAACACCACUGAGACACAGCGAGCUAAAGAAGCUGCAGAGCUGCUCAGUGAGGUCAAAUACAAAGAAAGUGGAAAGAAGGAGAUGUCCAGCUCCUUGUACUCGACUCUACCCGAUACUCUAGAAACCAGCUUUGCCAGAGAGAUGACUGACAUACUGAGCGAGAACAAAUACAAAGAGGAUGGAAAGAGGAACCUGUCUCAGAGUUUUUACUCUCAGCUUUCAGAAACAGCAGAUAUUCAGUUUGCUAAAACUGUCUCUGAGCUGCAGAGUGAGAUGAAGUACAAAGAAGCAGGAAAGAAAGAAGUGUUGAGCUCUCUGUACUCGACUCUCCCUGAGACUCUGGAAACUCGGCACGCUAAGGAGGCGUCCCAGCUGCAGAGCCAGCUGAUGUACAAGCAGAAUCAGAAGAAAGACGCCUCCAGUCUCUACCACCUGAUGCCAGAAACCAUCGACACUCAGUUUGUACGACAGCAGACCGAGAUGCUCAGUGAGGUCAAAUACAAAGAAGAUGGGAAGAAAGAGAUGAGCGUCAACCUUUAUUCUCUGCUUCCUGAGACACCUGACAGCCAGCAUGCUAAAGAGCUGAUGGAGAUGCAGAGCCAGGCAAAAUACAAAGAAGCCAGUAAGAAGCAGAGGUCAACAUCUCUUUACCACCGCCUGCCUGAAACUCUGGAGACGCAACACGCCAAGGAGGCCUCAAAGCUGCAAAGCGAGCUGGUUUAUAAAGAAGGUGUGAAAAAGGAUCUGCAGUGUCCAGUUUACCACCAGCUUCCUGAUACUCUGGAGACCCGGUUGGCCCGAGAGGUCACCCAGUUACAGAGCGAAAACAAGUACAAAGAGGAGGGAAAGAAGAUCUUGUCUCAAAGCGUUUACUCCCAGCUGCCAGAAACCUCCGAGACCAAGUUUGCUAAAACUGUCUCUGAGCUGCAGAGUGAGACAAAGUACAAGAAGUCAGGAAGGGAGGAGACCGGCAGCAGUUUGUUCUCUGUGAUGCCAGAAACUCUGGAGACCCAACAUGCCAAGCAGGUUUCUCAGAUCCAGAGCCAGGUGAAGUACAAAGAAGACCUGCAGAAGCAGCUGUCAUCUAGUUUGUUCUCCAGCCUUCCUCAGACUCUCCAGACUGAACGGGCCAAAGAAGUGACAGAUCUUCAGAGUCAGGUGAAAUAUAAGGAGGGCUGUAAGAAGGUGGUGUCCUCCUCCCUGUACCACCUCCUCUCAGAGACGCCUGAGAUGCAUCUGGCCAAGCAGGUGUUGGACAUCCAGAGCGAGGUGAAGUACAAGAAAGACACAGAGGAUCUGCACAACACUCUGUACUCGCUGCUGCCUGAAACACUGGAGACACAGUUUGUAAAAGAGAUGGCUGAGACUCACAGCGAGGUGAAGUACAAGCAAGCGGUGAAGGAGCAGACAUCUUCAUCGCUUUACUCCAAACUGCCUGAAACUCUGGAGACCAGACAUGCUAAAGAAGUGAUGGAGCUGCAGAGUGAAAAAAAAUACACAGAAGAAGGAAGGAAGGAGAUGACGUCGUCUCUGUACUCUCAGCUUCCUGAAACUGCAGAAACUCAGUUUGCCCGAGAAGUGACAGAAAUCCUGAGCGAGAACAAAUAUAAGGAAAGUGGGAAGAAGAGCCAGACUGUCAGCGUUUACUCCCAGCUCCCUCAGACCAAUGAAAUCCAGUUUGCUAAAGCUGUUUCUGAAAUUCAAAGUGAGGUCAAGUAUAAAGAAGCAGGAAGAAAAGAAGCAUCCAGCUGUUUGUACUCAAAGCUUCCUGAAACUCUGGAGACUCAACAUGCUAGAGACGUCUCACAGCUGCAGAGUCAGGUGAAGUACAAACAGCCCGUGAGCGAAUCUCUGUAUCAUCAUCUACCUGAGACCUCUGAGACCCAGCUGGCUAAGGAGCUGAGAGGCGUUUGCAGCGAGGUGAAAUACAGAGAAAAGGGACAGAAGGAGAUCAGUAAGAACCUGUACUCACGCCUCCCAGAGACGGCAGAGACGCACUUCGCCAAGGAGAUGUCAGAGAUCCAGAGCGAGUCAAAGUACAGGAAGGACAUGGAGGAUCUGCCCAGGACUCUGUACUCGCUGCUGCCUGAAACUCUGGAGACCCAGUUUGUUAAGGAGAUGGCCGAGACUCACAGCGAGGUUAAGUACAGGGAAGCAGGGAAGAAGGAGGCCAGCAGCUCUCUGUACCACCGACUGCCUGAGACUCUGGAGACGCUGCGUGUUAAAGAGGUUACUGAGAUGCAGAGCGAGAACAAGUACAAGGAGAGCGGGAAGGAGUCCAUGUCGUCUAGUUUGUACGCUCAGCUGCCGCAGACGUCAGAGAUGGAGCUCGCCGCCAAGGUGUCUGAGCUGCUGAGUGAGAGCAAAUAUAAAGAGGACGGGAUGAAGAGCCGCUCCCAGAGCCUUUAUUCUCAUCUUCCUGAAACCACUGAGACCAACUUUGCUAUAACUGUCUCUGAGCUGCAAAGCCAGGCUAAAUACAAGGAGGCGAGCAGGAAGGAGAAGAGCAGCUGUCUUUACCACCAGCUGCCUCAAACCCUGGAGACUCAACAUGCAAAAGAAGCCACUGAGCUGCAGAGUCAGGUGAAAUACAGAGAAGGUAAAAAGGAUCUAAACACCAACCUGUACUCUCAGCUGCCCGAGACUGACGAGAUGAAGUUCGCCAAAGCUGUCAUGGAUCUGCAGAGCGAGAAUAAAUACAAGCAGAAAGGCAGACAGGAGAUCAGCAGCACUGUUUUCCAUCAAAUGCCUGAAACUAAGGAGAUGGAGUUUGUCAAACAGAUCUCAGAACUACACAGUGAAUCAAAGUACAAGAAGGACACGGAGGAUCUGGCCAACACUCUGUACUCACUGCUGCCUGAAACUCUGGAGACGCAGUUUUUUAAAGAGAUGGCCGAGACUCACAGUGAGAAUAAAUACAAGGAGGCCAGUAAGAAGGAACUGGUUAAAUCUCUGUACUCCCAGCUUCCUGAAACCAAAGAAACUCAACACGCGAAGGAGCAAACUCAGCUGCACAGCGACAAAGCUUACAGAGAGGAGGGGAAGAAGGAAGCAGGUCACAGUCUGUACGCCCAAAUGCCCCAAACCAUCGAAACUGUCUUUGCAAAAGAGGUGACCAAAGCCCAGAGCGAUAAGUCCUAUAAAGAGAAAUAUAACCGUGAAAAGGGAAAGUCCGACUACGCCAACAUGAAGGCGCUGCCGGAGGUGGAGCACGCCAUGAAGGUCAACAAGAACCAGAGCGAUGUCAGCUACAGAAAAGGUAAAGAGGAGCUACAUCACUUCAACCCGGUUCCUGACCGACCGGACAUCAUCAGCGCCACCAACGCAUCCAAACUGGCCAGCCAUGUGGGCUAUAAGAGUAACACUAAGCAGCCGGUCUACACUGAUCAAUCUCUUCUGGCCAGAACCGACAUCCUGCACGCCAAAGAGGUUUCCAAACUGGCCAGCCAGGUGAAGUACAAAGAGAGCUUCGACCGACAGUUAAAGGACCAGAAACCAUGUUACAACCCCAUGGACUGCGUCUCCUUCAAACACACCCAGGCUGCUGCUGCUCUGGCCAGUCAGGUGAAGUAUAAGACCAACCAGAACCAGAGACCCGAAGGCUCCUCAGACCUGCCGAACCUCCUGCAGCUGGAGCACGCCCUGCAUGCCAGCAAGCUUCAGAGCAAUCUGGAAUACAAAAAGAAGUACAAGCAAACGAAGGCCCACUACCACAACGCCGUGGACACGGCUGAACAGCGCCACCACAAGGAGAACGCCGUGCUGCACAGCCAGGUGAAGUACAAGGAGGAGUACGAGAAGAACAAGGGUCGCUCUCUGAUGGAGUAUGGAGACACUCAAGCCUAUAAAGUAACCAAAGAAGCUCAGAAGAUGCAGAGCGAGAGGGAAUACCGCAGGGACUUUGAGGAGCAGGUGAAAGGAAAAGCUUUGCUGGAUGUGGAUCAGACGCCAGGAUACCUGACGGCCCGGCACGCCAGCAGUCUGCUGAGUGAGAAGGCGUACAAGAAGGACCUGGAACAGGAAGUGAAGGGGCGGGGCUUAUCUGGUGUUGGUCUGGAGGAAACGCCUGAGCUUCUGAGGGUUAAAAAAGCCAAUCAGAUUCUGAACCAGAAGGAAUACCGCCGGGAUCUGGAGACGGAGAUCAUGGGAAAAGGCAUGGAGCUGAGCGCAGAUGUCCUGGAGAUACAGAGAGCCAAGAGAGCUUCAGAGAUCCAGAGCCAGAGAUCCUACAAACAGAUGGAGCAGCUGAGGGAAAACUCAUACGGGACGCUCACCGACACUCCUGAGCUGCUGCACGCCUCCUACCUCAAAGACAUCUACAGCCAGAAGAAGUACAAGGAUGAGGCGGAGCAGCUGAAGGGCCGGUACAGCCUGGUUUCAGAAACCCCAGAGAUGAAGAGGGUCCGAGCCAACCAGAGACACAUCAGUUCUCUGCGAUACUGCUGGGACUCCAAGGUGACGAGAGGCCUGAUGGCGUCGGUCACAGAGACGCCCGAGAUCUUCUUCGCCAGGGAGAACGCCAAGAAGUUCAGUGAUGUCCAGUACAGAGAGGAAGUGGGUCACGGCACUCCAGUCAUGGACACACCUGAGAUGGAGCGAGUCCGGCGCAACCAGGAAAACAUCAGCUCUGUGAAAUACAAGCAGACCCCAGCCAAGGCCACCAGUGUGGGUGUGACUCCAGAGGUGGAGCGGGUCAAACAGAACCAGGAGAACAUCAGCUCGGUGAAGUACCAGCGCGGCCUGCAGGAGCUGAGGGGGCGGAGCUGCACCGAGCUAGACACGCCCGAGUACAGGCGGGUCAGGAGGACCCAAGACUCGGUCUCCAUGGCCAAGUAUCACGAGGACUUUGAGCGGACCCGCGGCCGAGGCUUCACGCCAGGAUUGGAUGAUCCCAGCAUGGAGCGCUACCAGAGAGCCAAUCAGAUGAUGGGGGAGGCGGCUUACAGCAAAGGGAUCCACCCCCAGGGUGUGGAGAUGGACAGGCGGCCAGGAGGCAUCAUCGUAGACCUGAAGGUGUGGAGGACAGAUCCAGGCUCCAUCUUUGAUUUUGACCCUCUGGAAGACAACAUUCAAUCCAAAAGUCUCCGCAGGAUGUCGGCUCCUGUCCUGCCCGGAGCGUACCACCAUCAUCAUCAGGGCCUCCAGAUGCAGCAGCAUCAGCAGUACCACGGCUACAUGCAUCAGACCAGCAUGUCGUCCGUCAGAUCCGUCACAUCACCGCCCCAAUCUGCCACAUCGCGUGUUUACCGAGCGCUGUACGACUACGCGGCUCAGGACCACGACGAGGUGUCCUUCAGGGACGGAGACGUCAUCAUCAACGCCCAGCCCAUCGAUGAAGGCUGGAUGUACGGCACCGUGCAGAGAACCGGCAAGUCCGGUAUGCUGCCUGCAAACUACGUGGAGUGUUGCAACUGAAGAGGAAGAGGGAGGAGGAGGAGGAGAUGUCCUGCAGGGGUGAAAACUUUCAGCAAAAAUGCGCUCUCAGUGUUUUUAAAACAGAUGAUGGUGAUGUUCUUUACAUUUCAGGACUCUUUUCUUUUCCAACACCUGAAUAAAUGACGUCCACAAGUUCUCAGCUGAUGCUGCGGGUUAGAAACCCAGAGUCACAUUAAGUCAUCAAAGCCACACGAAGGAGGUUCUUUCAUUUUCUGGCCCGGUUCAUUUAGGAAGGGUAGGAUUUGGUUCAUUUAAAAAGAGUCUGUCUGAGAAGAUGAGGCUCUAAUCAACCAGAGGAGAGAUAGAUUUAGGGUUGGUAAAAAGAGCUCAAACUGAGGAAGCUCAAACAGUCCAGGUUUCAGGUAAAGGUUCUGAGAUAUUUUGAAUUUUAUGUCUGUUUUUUGUUGUUUUUUUCACUGCUGCAGACCUGAACUCAACAGACAGACCAUCCUGUUCACACAAAUACACGCAGAACUAAUUCUGAUGCUUUUCUUUGUUUUACAAUGUUUUCUCACACACAGAGAGAAAUUAACCAGAACUUUUUCAUUAAGAUCCAAACUGGUUCUGAACAAAAGGUUCACGUCCUGGUUGGAUCCACUGAAGCUGCUGUCAUCAGAGGAGAUUUAUCUCAAGCCACAUUCUCACCAACAUUAGAUUAUUUCAUUACAAUUACUCUCAUUUUACAACUAAUUUAAAUAAUACGAAUAAUUAAUAGUAGUUCAUUUAAAAGUUUGCAUGUUUAUUGGCUUAUUUUUUACAAAUUUUAUGAAUAAUAUUUUUAAAAUAACCCAAAGAAACAGCAUUGCACAGAAGCUCGUGUUCUCACUGAAAUGAACACGUUUCACACUGAGUUUUAUAUAAAGAUUUUAAGCUAAAAUAAGUUAGAAUGGCUCAAAUUUAAAUCAUUUUGCAACUUAAUGUUAAUGUUUGUUUUCAUUAAUAUAUCAUUUAAUUUUACUCCACACUUAUUGGCACCUGUCAUAAAGAUGUCUUCAAAUAAAUGUAUCUUUUAUUGAAGUAACAUAAAUAUGUCACAAAAAGGCCUGUUUCUCUUAGUCUUCAAAAUGGGAAAGACAAGAGAGUAUGCUACUAAAGGAAGGCAGAUGUUUGGUGAUCUUCAUGGAACGACUACAAGGUCAGAUCUUCUUGCCUUAAGCUGCUCCUAACAAAUAAAACCUGUGGAUAAAACCCAAGAACUCUGGACCAUCUGGGGAGAUUAGAGAUGUUAGAGGAGAAGACAACAUGCUAUCAAAAACAAGGUGUUGACAGCAGGGGUGCCAACAAUUGUGCCACAAAUGAUUUAGUUAAAAACAAUUACUUCUUAAUACGAGAUUCUUGCCCUUUUGAGUGAAUUUUGAUGCAUUAAAGGUUGGAUAUUUCUGAAUAUGUCAGUGAGGUCACGGUGCUGCAGUGAAGAUGGAUUUAUUAGAAAAGUUUUUCUACAUCUUUGAAACGGGAGCCGAGAAAAGCUGAGGGCGCCGCAACAAUCAUUCAUCACUGUCUUCAGAUCAUGUUUGUUGUAGUUAAACUAGUUCUUAAUUAAAGCCUGGGUGGUUUUACAGUGUAGUUAACUAGCAUCAUGGUUUAGUUUGAGUCCCUAUUAACAAAACAUGGGGGAUCAACCAACCAUGAUCCAACUACUUCCUUCAGAGGAAAACAGGCACCAGAUGCUGCGUUUUCCUCUGUUUGGUCCAGAAAUAGUCUGAAGACUUGUUUUAAUACAGAUUCAACAGAAUCCGUGAGGCUUUGUUUCUCUUAAUGACACACAGGCAACCUGAAUAUGCAAUAUUUUGGUUAUUUGCUAGUGAGGAAUAAAAUGAGCCAUAAUGAAGCAUUUCAGGUGGAUCAGUGUUAGAUGAAGUCACAACCAAUAAAACUCGGGUCCUGAUGACCUUCAUGGAGUUUCUGGGGUAAAGCUGAGAUUUUUUGUUCAUUUGGAGAUUUUUCAACUUCACCCACAAAACAAUAAACAGAAUUUAACAGCGAGAGAUUAUGGAGCAGAAAUAGAAAAAACACUGAAGUUUUAGCAUUUAAAACCAAGAGGUUUUCACUGUCAGCUGUUGUUAAGAAACAAAAAGAAAAAAGAUUUUAAAAAUUCCAGUCGUUCUUUUUUGAUUUAUUUUAUUCUUUGAGAUGAUUUGAACAGAGGAAUGAGUGAAGCAGGUUUAUUCUGAGGUAGGUUAAUCAUUUAUAUUUUGGGUCAUUUCUUUGUUGAACGUUUCUACAGAGAUGGAAAAAGUCUCGGUUUCAGUCACAAACAGCCACAUUAACCUCUGGGAUUCACAAACAUUUUAAUGUGCAGAUAUUGAAAUGUCCCAGUGUGUUGGUUUGGACUGAAAGCUGCCCAGACUGUGUGAGAACAUCAAGCGUUUCUGUACAUCUCACAAUUUUUCACUCCUAAUUUUAGACAUAAAUAUUUUAAUUUGUCGCCAACAAGUCGUAUUUGUAGGGAUUUGUUGUCUUGCUGUGAUGAAUGCAUCCAAUCAUGUCCUGAAUUAAAGCAUCACUCUAGCUGGAGAGCAUUGAUAAUGUGUGAUUUUCUGGAAAAUAGCAGUGUUUGGAUAUGAUUUGCUGAAUAUAUCUGUGUUAUUUUUGGAAGAGGCACUUGAAGGUUUUUCUUGUUUCUGCCUUGAGGAUUUUUGGGCUUCUUAUGCCUUCUCUGUAUUAUUAGUUUGUCAUCAAUAGUCUGUAUGUUAACCCAGGUUAUAGUCAAUUUAUUUAGAUUUUAUUUGGACUGAUCAAUCACUCUGUUCCAGUUUUUAUAAUAACUGUUCCAUGUGAGAGAAAUAAAAUCAAAUAAAAAAUUAA